GUUAUAGGUAGAUAUGUCUGAUAUCCAUUAGUCCUGUCUGUAUGUACAGUUGGUCACUAGGGUAUGUUUUACUAACCCCCUUCCCACGCAAUAAUUACAAAUUUAGAUUCAAUGAGAGAGAACGGCCGUUGUGUAGAGAUCGUGAAUGCAGCCAUAUUGUAAAUAGGCUCAUGAGGCAUACUUGCAAAUGAAGCCCAAUAGCGAUAGAAGGUGGGAG